CGCGCUCCACCCCCAUUUUCCAUACAUGGGAGCUGGAGUGGGGGGCGGAGCUGAGGGGAGGCGCUCCCAGUCCCCCUCAGAAGCUGCUAGCCCACUGGGAACAUUUGGAUCCGUUCAGCUCCCGUGGAGAAGCGAGACCGGAUCACCGACGUGGGCAGAGGACUGCCGGGGGCCAGCAGAAAUUCUGCCCGUUCUUCGCGCGAGCGCUUUCCCGCCCUCCAAACCCCACUCCCAGGUGGCCAUGGCCUCAUCGCCCACUCGGGGCCCCAGGGUUUCUGACUUAUUUUCUGCGCUGCCGCCGGCGGUCACAACUCCCGCCAACCAGAGCGCAGAGGCCUCGGCGGGCAACGGGUCGGUGGCUGGCGCGGACGCUCCGGCCGUCACGCCCUUCCAGAGCCUGCAGCUGGUGCAUCAGCUGAAGGGGCUGAUCGUGCUGCUCUACAGCGUCGUUGUGGUCGUGGGGCUGGUGGGCAACUGCCUGCUGGUGCUGGUGAUCGCGCGGGUGCGCCGGCUGCACAACGUGACCAACUUCCUCAUCGGUAACCUCGCCUUGUCCGACGUGCUCAUGUGCGCCGCCUGCGUGCCGCUCACGCUGGCCUACGCCUUCGAGCCACGCGGCUGGGUGUUCGGCGGCGGCCUGUGCCACCUGGUCUUCUUCCUGCAGCCGGUCACCGUCUACGUGUCGGUGUUCACGCUCACCACCAUCGCAGUGGACCGCUACGUCGUGCUGGUGCACCCGCUGCGGCGGCGCAUCUCGCUGCGCCUCAGCGCCUACGCGGUGCUGGCCAUCUGGGCGCUGUCCGCGGUGCUGGCGCUGCCUGCUGCCAUGCACACUUAUCACGUGGAGCUCAAGCCACACGACGUGCGCCUCUGCGAGGAGUUCUGGGGUUCCCAGGAGCGCCAGCGCCAGCUCUACGCCUGGGGGCUGCUGCUGGUCACCUAUCUGCUCCCUCUGCUGGUCAUCCUCCUGUCUUACGUCCGGGUGUCCGUGAAGCUCCGCAACCGCGUGGUGCCCGGCUGCGUGACCCAGAGCCAGGCCGACUGGCACCGCGCGCGGCGCCGGCGCACCUUCUGCUUGCUGGUAGUGGUCGUGGUGGUGUUCGCCGUCUGCUGGCUGCCGCUACACAUCUUCAACCUGCUGCGGGACCUCGACCCGCGCGCCAUCGACCCCUACGCGUUUGGGCUGGUGCAGCUGCUCUGCCACUGGCUCGCCAUGAGCUCGGCCUGCUACAACCCCUUCAUCUACGCCUGGCUGCACGACAGCUUCCGCGAGGAGCUGCGCAAACUGUUGCUCGCUUGGCCACGCAAGAUCGCGCCCCAUGGCCAGAAUAUGACCGUCAGCGUGGUCAUCUGAUGCCACUUAGCCAGGCCUUGGUCAAGGAGCUGCAUUUCCACUGGCCUCCGAGGGCACCACUCGAGGUCAACCUGGAGAGCUUAUUCUCAGCACCAGAGCUAGCAAAGCCAACAGAGGGCAACAUUUCCAGCCCAGCCCUCUUGUCCGGCUGUCUGUCUUGUGCUUGUGUCUUUGUAAAAUGUUAAGUGGGCUUUGGUGAGAGUCUUGCUCUUUGCUUGGGGAUAAGCCAGAGAGAGGGAAGAGGAUUUAUUAUUUCUUCUUUAUGCCCUUGAAGGACAAACAAAAACUUUUUCUCCAUGUUCAGAAAAGUAUUUCAGAACCAUGAUUGCCUUCCUGGCAUCCCCUCCUCCUGCUCAUUGGUGAAAUGCACAGUGUGAAUGGGAUUUAAAAGAAAUGCGUUGGGCUUGGUAAAGAUUUUCAGUUUGCCUUCAGAAAAAGGACUCAGCUGAGAGGAUCCUGAUAUUGCUUAGUGCAUUUGAACCCUUGCAUUUCUAGAAUUUCAGGUAAAUAUGUAUUAAAAAUCUACGUCUAGGAUUUCUGCAUUUCCUGAAUAAGACCUUUAUAUGCCCAAAGGGUCCUUUUAAAACCACUUGAGUUUAUAGUACAAAAACACCUACAAGCUCCCUUUAGAAAGGUCUUGCUUUUGUUUCUCCCCUUUCCUCCCCAACUACUAUCUAAAAAUUUUGAGACGAAUUAGUCAAUGAAGAGAUAGAUAAAAACAGAUAAAGAGGAAAAGGUCCAAUUCACUUAAGAGGGCAUUUAAUUGUACAUAAGGACAGACAUCCUCUGUGUAUGUGUGUUUGUGUAUGUGUGUGUACACAUUCAGUGUUUGCCACAAAGUGGGCACUCAAAUAUUUGGUUUUCUGAAUACUCAAUGUAAACUGUGUGGCAUGGCAUUCUCUUGCAGUCUCUAAUUGCUCACUUGCAACAGAUCAACAGCUGUCAUCUGACUGCUCAGCACCUGCUCUGUAGUGAUUCUUGGAACAUUAUCAACCCAGAAAUCAAGAACCAGCAGAAGUUUACUUAAGGACAGAACAGAAGAAUAAGCUACCAUCCACAUGCUGUGUAGAUCAAACACUAAUUACUUCCAGGGUUAAGGGAACAGGUGAAGACUGUGGAGUAUGAUACCAGGCUGAUAAUCAUCACCUUAACCUCCUGUGAGUUCUGUAAAUGAGGACAAGUGCCUUGGGACAAGGGUCUCCACACUGUUGGAACAGCAACUCGGGCAGUGAGGACAGGAGUCUUGGGAAAUGAUACAUAAUAUCCAGCUGUCACAUCAGCCUCUGUGUUCCCAGUAACUCAGUCACCAUCCGUAAGGUUCAACUACUUUCCCAACUCACUGAACACAAGAAUCACUGUUUCCCUCCUCCUGCUUCUCUUAUUCUCAGAAAUAAGCUCAUUCCUUCAUUAAAAUGUGCACUAAAAGGAAAGAGGGAUGAUACAGGAAUGACAAGUGUUUAGUCCUAUUACAUUCAUGUCAAUAACCACGGUGGGAGUGGGAGUGAUCACGGUUGGGCUGGUUAGCAUAGGAGUCUUUAGUAGUUACUGGGCUAGACUUUUUGCACACAAUAAAGGGUAGGAAAGGCUAGUUUGGGAGAAAGGAAAAGGCAGACAAAGAUGGUAUGGAGGCUAUCUCUGGCAAUGGUGCUAAAUGAACUUGAGCUUCAUCCAUGGAUUAGAGAACAAAGAACCUGUGUGCUAACACUGCAGCCCACCCCACCCCAGAUGAGUUCAUCUCCCAGGCAUCCUGAGGAUAACUUCUCUGCUUCUAGCAGCUCUAUUACUUGGGAGGCUCAGGGCCAGACAUUUCCCAUUCCCUUUCGUUCCUUUGAUGGUCAUGUGUGGAGAGUGUAGGUGGUAGGGGGAAGGAGAGGGAUUAUUUGGGGAGGGAUCUGAUUCAUUGUGGGCUCUUUGUUGGAAGGUUUGAAUCACUGGUUCUCAGCCCUGGCUACUCCUAGAAUCACCUGGGGAACUUUUUUUUUUUAAAUUGAUGUCUGGGCCCUCCUCCUAAGAGUCUAAUUGAUUUGAGAUGGUGCCUGGACACUAGCAUUUUCCAAAGCACUUCAGGGGAUUUUAAUGUGAAACCAAAAUUAAGCACCUUAAGAAUUAUCCUUUCUAGGCCCAGGAGUGGUGG